AUCUGAAAUGGUCAAACUUGGAAAGCUAAUAAAGCCUGAUGUCGCUGAUACAACCACCAGAAUGAUAAUUGAUGUGUUCAGCUUUGAAUUUAGCAGUUUAUCAUGGUCUGUACUCCCACAAGUUGUGGAAUUUACUGUUGAAAAUUCUGUACUGGGAGAAGGUGGUUUCCGCAAAGCGUACAAAGCUAGAAGCAACACAGCUGGUUUUGUAGGCAAAGAUUGGGUCAUAAAGAGGUACUUAGAAAAAACUGUCAGCGAGGUAACAAAUGAUCUUGGCCAAUCUAUGGAGGAGCAAACUAAGAAAGUGAUUCAGAUGCACCAUCUUUCCAAAAAUUUUGCUGAUCAGCUAUCAAAAACUGUGAAGCAGAAGAACAUUUGUGACACGUUUGGUCCUGUCAUGCAGUUUCAAAUUGUUCACUUUGGCAAGAUACAAGGCACAGGUGAAUGUGUAACAAUUGAGCCACACAUUAAGGGUAAGUUUGUUAAAUAUGUAAACAAUACUGGAGAACUAUGUGUUCCUACUAGCCAUUUGCUGGGCCAAAAAGCUGAGUGCUUGGUCCACUUUUCAUAUGAGAAGUCCAAUUGCCAGUUAAUGGUUCUUGAUCUGCAAGGAAGCGGUCAUCAGCUGUUUGACCCUGAAGUAGCUUCAGAAAAGCUUGUUGGUGAAGAAAAGGAAUUUAUGUUUUGUGCUGGAAACCUAAGUACAGAAGCAAUCAAAACAUUUGUUUCAAACCACAAGUGCAACAAAUUUUGCCAGUUAGUUGGACUGAAUUCAAUAGCAUAGGAGACAUGUAGUGGUCAAGACUACCCUACUCUUAUUGGUGCAUUAAUAUCAACAAUUAACCAACAGAGUUAAAGUUUUUUAUAUUCGUUUAGUGACGUUGAUAGUUACUUGGAAAGGAUUUGUUAGUCUGGAAAUAGUUGAAACUUGAAAGAUCAGUAUUGACAUUUUGUUGUUUUAAUGUUUAGUUACUCUAUAGAAUAAAGAGAAUUAA